GUCUGAUUGGUAGUUGGGACACAAGGAAAGGAAAAGAUGCUUUUGACGGCAGCAACCAUCACCACCAUGGAAAUGUGAAGGUCUCAGACGCACUCCCUCACUUUAUUUACAGCAGUUUCGUUCGCUACGCCGUUAUCGGUAUUGAUUGCUGUUGAGUUGAGCUCACGCACACACGGGGAGCCCUUCAUUGUUGAAAAGCUAAUUAGUCAAGGACAGGAGAAAAAGAGAUGGCGGCAGCAGUGAAAAGGAUCAAGCUGGGAUCACAGGGCCUUGAAGUAUCAGCACAGGGACUUGGAUGUAUGGGCAUGUCUGCCUUCUAUGGCCCUCCAAAACCUGAAUCCGACAUGAUCGCCCUCAUCCACCAUGCCAUCAACACCGGUGUCACUCUCCUCGAUACCUCUGAUAUGUAUGGACCCCACACCAACGAAAUCCUUCUGGGCAAGGCUUUGAAGGCCGGAUCAGGAUUGAGGGAGAAAGUUGAACUGGCUACCAAAUUUGGUAUUAACUUUCAAGACGGCAAGAGGGAGAUUCGAGGGGAUCCUGCUUAUGUGAGAGCUGCUUGUGAGGCCAGCUUGAAACGCCUUCAACUUGACUGCAUUGAUCUUUAUUACCAGCAUCGCAUUGAUACCAAAGUUCCCAUUGAAGUCACGAUGGGGGAACUCAAGAAACUAGUUGAAGAAGGUAAAAUAAAGUAUAUAGGUCUGUCUGAGGCCUCUGCUUCAACAAUCAGAAGAGCUCACGCUGUUCAUCCGAUAACAGCCGUGCAGUUGGAGUGGUCACUGUGGUCAAGAGAUGUGGAGGAAGAGAUUGUUCCUACCUGCAGAGAACUUGGCAUUGGGAUUGUUGCGUACAGUCCUCUAGGACGGGGAUUCCUUUCAUCAGGACCUAAGUUGGUUGAGAGCUUUACAGAGGGUGACUUCCGAAAGCAUCUGCCUAGGUUCCAGCCUGAAAAUCUAGACCAUAACAAACAACUAUUUGAGCGGGUUAAUGAAAUUGCCGCAAGGAAACAGUGCACCCCAUCACAACUAGCAUUGGCCUGGGUACACCACCAGGGUGAUGAUGUAUGUCCAAUUCCGGGAACUACCAAGAUCGAAAACUUCGACCAGAACGUUGGGGCUCUGUCUGUCAAACUAACACCAGAAGAAAUGGCUGAACUCGAAUCAAUAGCCUCUGCAGGUGCUGUAAAGGGUGACAGAUAUCAGGGUUCCAUGUUUACAUACAAGGAUUCAGAUACUCCCCCUCUUUCAUCAUGGAAAGCUACAUGAAGGCAUGAUGCCAUGUCCGUUAUCUCGCUGCUGCUUGUGGAUUUCAGAUGCCUUUGAAGUGCUCUAAAAUUGUGGAAGUUUUGUACUACUCCAUCUAAAAUGAAUAAACGUUUCCGUCAUCUGAUAUUAUCGUUACCGGAUUCCUGCUUUGCUACAAGAAGAUGGAUUUUCCUAGUUUCUCUUUUGAUAUGUAAUUAUGGAGGGCAAGUAGAGCCUCUAUGCGCGUGCAAUCUGUGAUCAUGAAUUUAUCGAAGGAUGAAUGCAUAUUAUUAUAAUUAUAACUAUAACAAAAACU